UUUGACUGUUUUUGACAGAUGAUAAAGUAUCCUUCGUGCGAACGACCAAUCCGUCCCAGAAAAGCCACUCCUAUUAUUGAAUUUUAAAAAAACAAAUCUGUAUUGUGUCGCGAGAAAUGUAGCUAAGUGUUCAUUGAAUGAAAUCGUAAAAGUGAAAUGGCCUAGUCGUAUGUGAAGUGACCGAAAUCAAUCAAAAUGAGUGGGCGAUCGGGUCGUGGUGUGUUCGGGAAGCUUUUCUCUAAGAAGCAACACAAGGAACGAGAUGAGAGAGCUACGGAGAUCGGGAUGCCUACAAACGUGAAACAACAUCUACACGUUAGUAAAAAUUCCGAGACUGGUAUGUUAGAAGGUCUGCCAACGGCAUGGCUGCGACUCAUAAAUACACAAAUUACGGCGGCCGAACAAAGCGAAAACCCUGAUGCUGCCAUCCAGGCCGUGAAAUUCCACAUGUACACGAUAAAAAAGGAAAAAGCGCAAGAUGAACCAUUCAAACCUUUUGUUACGCAAGAAGUCAUUACUGAAGAGGAUAUAGAGAUUGAGAAGCUUUUGGAUCACAAGAAAGCACAUCAAAGCCAGGAUUCGGACCUGUCUAUUGGCCAGAGCAGUGAGGAGGAAACUACACACUACAAUGCACCUUCAGAAAGACAGACAAUGCCCAUAUCUCCGUCCAAACACAGCCUUAAAAAGAAAGAUGCACUAAUGGACAUGGCGGCUGUAGUCCAAGAUUUGACACUCAUUGGUGAUGACAAUGACGAAAGCCCAAUGCUUCGGAAGAAGGAGCUGAGUUAUUCUAAACUCUCCGAUGAAGAAAUAUAUGAAGAGUUGAAGAGAAUCUGCAAUAAGGAUGAUCCCUAUGUUAGAUUUGAAAAAAUCAAACAACUUGGUGCUGGUGCUUCUGGUGUCGUGUUCAUUGCCAUAGACAGCAAAGACAAUUCAAGAGUCGCCAUAAAGGACAUUGACCUAACAAAACAGUCCAAGAAGGAAUUAAUACUCAAUGAAAUCAACGUACUCAAGGGGUUCCACCAUAAGAACCUUGUGAAUUUCCUUGACGCAUUCCUAAGCUAUGAUCAUUUGUGGGUUGCCAUGGAACUUCUCGAUGGAGGUUCUCUCACGGACGUCGUAACUGAAGUGGUCAUGAAAGAAGGACAGAUAGCUGCUGUGUGCCGGGAAACCCUGCAGGCCGUCGCUUUCCUCCACUCUAAAGGUACAAUCCAUAGGGACAUUAAAUCCGAUAAUGUCCUACUCGGAAUGGAUGGGACCGUCAAAGUAACUGAUUUCGGUUUCUGUGCGAACAUCGUUGGUGAUGAGAAACGACAGACCAUGGUCGGCACGCCGUAUUGGAUGGCGCCCGAAGUGGUUACCAGGAAGCAGUACGGGAAGAAGGUGGACGUUUGGUCCCUUGGUAUAAUGGCGAUCGAAAUGAUCGAAGGCGAACCGCCAUACAUGAAAGAGACGCCUUUAAGGGCGCUGUACCUGAUCGCGGCUGUCGGGCGCCCGAAAAUACCACGUUGGGGAGAGCUGUCCCCGAAAUUCCAGGACUUCUUGGAUAAAUGCCUCCAAGUUGACGUGGACAUGAGAGCAUCCGCCGAAGAAUUACUAGAACAUCCCUUCCUGGAGUGCGCAAUGGAACUGAGGACUCUUACGCCCCUCAUCAAAGCCGCCCAGAAAAUAUUGCACAAGUGCUACGAUUAAAACCGGUAAUUGAUUUUUGCCCCGUUGCGUGUUCCACAAUACGGAAUAUUCAAGUUUUAUAGUGUUUUACAAAACUUUGCUACGUAUUAUUAUACAUUUUUUUUGUAAGAAUUUUUCAAAUUGGUGCCAAUUUCUUUUAUUUUUAAAGAACGACGUAUAAGUUUUGUUCGAAUUGCCAAAAUUAAUGAGAUUCAUCUAAGAAUCUUGAAUGUUCAUUUUGAAUCGAAACCUGUAGAUUUUUUUUAACAAUAACCAAUAAGUCACGUUCGGGUUUUUCUUAUCACUGGCCCGUGAUAUGAUAUCUCCUAAUAGAUAUUGUUAAAAUACGUCACAUUAAACAUCUAACAGCCUGGCCACGGGACAUUCGCCGAUGCGAAUAUUCGCGCGGUGCGAACGGCGAAGCGUCUAGCGACUAAAACAAGCGCAUAGAAAUGUACCUAACAAGCCACGCGCACCGGCGACCGGCGAAGCGACCGGCGGAAUGUACCGAGCGAAUCGCGCGAUGCGGCGGGCGAGCAAAACAAAUGCAUGAAUACGGACGGCGCGAGCCACGGAGUCGAGCGGUAGUCGCGGCGAAUAGUGCAGUGAUUAAAUGAGUUUAGUUGUUUUCGCCGCGAAAAAUUAACGCCGAAAUUUUUAUAUUUUUUAUUUAUUUUUUAUUUAUUUUUUAUUUUAUAUUUUUAAAGUCGUCGUGGCCUAACGGACGUCCGGUGCAAUCGUGUUGAGCGAUGCACCGGUGUUCGAAUAUCAGGCGGGUACCAAUUUUUGUAAUGAAAUACGUACUCAACAAAUGUUCACGAUUGAUUUCCACGGUGAAGGAAUAACAUCGUGUGAUAAAAAUGAAAUCUUCAAAAUAAUAAUUUGCGUAAUUACUGGUGGUAGGACCUCUUGUGAGUCUACACGGGUGGGUACUACCACCCUGCCUAUUUCUGCCGUGAAGUAGUAAUGCGUUUCGGUUUGAAGGGUGAGGCAGCCAUUAUAACUAUACUUGAGACCUUAGAACUUAUAUCUCAAGGUGGGUGGCGCAUUUACGUUGUGGAUGUCUAUGGGCUCCAGUAACCACUUAACACAAGGUGGGCUGUGAGCUCGUCCACCCAUCUAAGCAAUAAAAAAAUAAAAUAGCUGAAAUACUAGCUAGACCAGCUAUUUGGAAGUCUAGCCACCCAAAGUAUUUCUCGUACUUCUUGUGGAAUUCUCCAUCUAUAGGUAUACUCCGAUUCUUAUUCAAAUCAUGUACUUCACAAUCUUUUCCAAAUAAUAGGUCCUGAACCAAAAAACUAUUAAUUUGUAAGCAAUAUCGAGAUAAUUUCGAUAUAGACAUUUCGCUGUCGGACUUCCUUACUAGUCGCGGCGGCGAACGUGAGUACCCGUGGCCUGCAAACGGUGCUGCGCGAAUGGUCGCCUCGCCCACCGCUUCGCUGUUCGCACCGCCGAUCCCCGUGGCCAGGCCGUAAGGCGGCGAAAUAAACAAGGAAUCUACCUAAAAUCAUGUACAACAAGAUGCCAUAAUCAAAAGUAAUAUUACAAUAGUUCAAUAAAAUCGAUUUCAUAAAAUAUUUAAUAUAAUUCUGAACGUUUCCCUCUUUUUAUUUAACAUCGACAACUUUGUAUAUCUUAUCGCCUACGCUGGUUGCCGACGAUAAGUAAGAUAUCGUUUGCUUUAUUCUUUAUAAAUUCGAUGGAACUAUUUAAAAAAAAAAAAAAAACCGUUUAGGUGCAUGUAAUAGGAAUUAAGAAACAUUAAUUGGGUAUUUGACUGAAAUAAGUACGUUUAGUUACUGAGAACUUUCUAGAAAUUCUAAAAAUAUCAAAAUCUGAAAUCGACUUUCAAAAUUAAAUUCACUGAAUGAUAUUCGAAUAUUAAAUGUAUUUUUCCCCCCAAUAUUGUACACGGGAUAAAAAGUCUUGUAUUCAGUCGUAAAAUGGCAAUAAUAAAUCAGACUUUUACGCGAUGCUAUUUAGAUAUCGCUUCUACACGAAUAUUUGUACAAGUAACAAACUCCGUAAAAUGAAGUCAGAUACCCGAAACACCAAAAAUGUACAUAAAUGAAAUCGUAUUUUUAGCUAGUCUUAUUUUUGUAUCAGUUUUAUAUUUAAAAAAAAAAAAGUAUUUUUAUAUUUCAUAGAUUAUAAUUAUUUUUACGUUUACAACCAAAUAGAAAUGUAAUGGUUCAGGUGUCAUUUUUUCGACAAAACCUUUUUUUUUUUUCGUUCACACAUUCCUCUUUGAAAUAUUAUGCAUUUUACUUUCACGAAUUCAUUGACUUCUCACAAGACUGUUUUAAUGUAUUUGAUAAAAAAAAAAGCGUUAUAAUUUUACAAAUUAAACAUUCUACAAAUUCAUAUAUUUUUAAGUUUAUUAUUAUUAUGUAAUGUUCAUUUCCUAUGUAAUUUUACGUUUAAUAGUAUUUAUGUAAUACGCAACGAAUUAUUUGUACAUGUACGUACGUACCUUAGAAGUGCGCCAAGUAUUUUUUUGAAAUACCGCCAAAAUCUGUCUUUGUCUCAUGAAUUAAAAUAAAAUUUGAUCACCAGCGGCAGGGCGUGGUAUGGGACUAUCCUUGUAGACGUCAAAGGGUAGAUUAGUGAGAAUUAUAAUGCAAUUACGUUCUAGUAUUUAAAACGAAAUUAUUCGUCAGUUUGCCUAUCUAUACAAAUAAAAAAGUUAAAAUUUAUGAAUUUAAAACAUUUAUUUCUUUAUUUAACUUUAUGCACAAAAGCACAGUGGUGGAACUAAUGCCUGAGGCAUUCUCUACCAAUCAACCAAGGAUGCUGUAGAGUCCAGUGGUAGGUGCAUCAUGAAAGCCUCAAGUUGAUUGAAUAUUGCCGCGUUAAAAAGUCUCUGAUAUUGAAGUCGCCAAGUCGUCUACGCCUCGCUAAUUGUCAUCUCAAAUCGAAAUAAACUUUAGAGAGAGUAUUAUUUAUUGUACGCCAAAAAAAAACCAAUGCGAAACAUUAAAUACUUAACAGUACAAUUGGCGGUCUUUAUCGCUAAGAGCGAUCUCUUCCAGACAUAAACUUUAUAAAAUAUAUUGAACAAUAACUCAAAAAUCAUUUGUUUCCGUAUCAACAUUUUUUUUUUAUAUAUGCACUACCGAAUAACAAGGAAAUUAACUACGACUUUAAUACGUGCAUGUAUUUCCCUGUACGCUGUGUAUCGUGUCACCGGGCUGUUGGUAAAAACUUUAUUUGGCGUCAAUCUGAGGAUAUUUUAAGCUACAUUGACGUAUAACCAUUCAGUUUUCCCGCUCAACCUAAGAUCGCAUCCAAUCGCCGAAAUCGCCGGUUUUCGAGGUUAUGAGGAAAAUAUAGGAAAGUCAACUUGGUUGUUGCUAUAUGCUAAUAUGCUUUGCUGCAGUUUACCGUUGGUAGUAAACUUAUUUAUAUUAUUUUCCGUUAAUAUUAUUUUCUAUUCUAUCAGUAUUAAACUCUACAUCGCUUAUAUGAAUCGGAUCACUAUACAUACCCAAACCGCGAACCUUUAAAUACGAACAAUAAAGAGUACCUAUGAUGUGUGCAUCAAAAUAGAUUAAUGAUCAAAUUUUAAUUUUCCUUCAUCGACGAAGACCCUUGCAUUUGGAGUUACACGAAAAAAAAAAGUGAAAUCUUGUUAUUUGUCAACAAGCGUUCAAAGCAGUCGUGAAAAAACGAUUUAUGAGUCUUUUUUUUUAAAGUUUCAUUGAAUUCCCGUUUUUUUUCACAAUUCCUGGGGAAUCUUCAAUAUCUUAAACUGUCAUGGUGUCUUUAUUUUAAUUAUUUCACCGGCUUUGUGUAUUCACUGUGUAAUAGAGUACCAAAUGUGCCUGCUUGAUGGAAUGUAGGUAGUUAUAAGUUAAGUUUAAGCUUUAACAGAAUACGCGACGGUUGUGACGUAUAUUCUAAUCGAGUUUAUGAUGUGUUCACGUCAUACAUACUAACUGUCUGAUCUUUGCUCUUUGGUAUGAAACAGCGAAUAGAGUUCACUUUAAACUUUUACUAUGAUAAUUAUCGAAGGGAAUAUCUUGAAUUCAAAGUGUAUAAUUUUUUAUAUCUAAGACCCAAAUUAAUUCCGAAAACAUAGUUUCGAGACGUUUCCAAAUGUAGAUCGCAACUUUGAAUAGAUUCGGUGCUAUGCUUGAUAAAUUAAAUAUAUAAUCACAAAAUUGUUCAUAAGGCGCUAUAUAUAAACUUUAUUGAUCGAGUGUAAAUUAUGAAUGAACAUGAAAUUUGUGGGUGACGAGUAAUCGAGCUUCGUUCUAUCAAAGGUUAAGGAUUUAGGUACAAUUAGUUUGAAUUGUCUCAAGUCUAUGAUCAAAAGUUGGAAUGAAAAUGGCAUAGAUGUAGUAGUAACUACUCAUGUCGCGUUCUGUGAGAACAGUUAGUAUGAACUGAACCUCAUUAUGACUUCUGUGCUUAAUGCGAGUUUUUUAACGUUCUCAAAUAGCGUUUUUUUUCUUUUCUUACCUAAGCUGAUAGCCUUGAGUGUCUAUAUCAGCGUAGCCUAAACUAGUAGGUGAGCUCACGGGGCUCAAACCUGAUGACGUUGCUAACACGAACCCUAGCAAGAGCCAUGCUUCACAGAAUCUACCACCGGAUCGGAAACGCGACCCACUGAGAAGAUCCGGCGAGAAACUCAGUGGGCUGUGUCUGAGGGUUUAUUUACUCGUCGAGCCCUUCGUCGCAAGCGACGGGUUCGACGAGAACGAUGACCGGUGCUUGAGGUACCUAAAAGCACUAGUGGAUCAGGAGGAUCCGAAAUGACGUUUUGUCUCGAUAGCGUAAAAGUUAACUCAAAUUUGUAUGGAGUUGGAACGUUUGCCAACUUUUGCCGCUAGGGGCGCUGUUCCAACUGCAUACAAAUUUAAGUUAAUUUUAACUCUAUCGAGAACGUUAAUAAACUCGCACUAAGCACAUUGGUCCCCUAUAAUAGGAUAAUACGCAAUGUGACGUCACAAUAAGUUUCAUCCCUUAUGUUAUAACUGAGUCGCGCAACGAACCACUGUAUGCUAGAUACGCUGUAGUACAUAAGUUAUAUAUUAUACACACACCAAUGACACUUUUUGAACGUUAUAUCGAUAUAAUAUUUGCCUAUUAAAUUAUUUUUGUAAAAUGGU